GACGUGGUCAUCGUCUUGGCGCUCCGUUUUUCCUCUCUCUCUCUCGUCUCCCUUCUUCCCUCAACAAAAAAAAAAAAAACUGAACUCUUUUUCGCUCUGGUUUUUUAGAGAGAGAAAGAUGAAAAUGCGUUUCAUUGCUGUUUAGGUUUCGAAUUCGCGAUUUAAAUUUCUGGGUUUGUGUCUGUUUAAGCUGCUUCUUCUUCAUCUUCUUCUUACGUUUCUUCAAGGAGCUUUCGGAUUCUUGAAGAAAGAGUCAUUGUUCUCUUUAGUGGGAAAACUUUAAACCAGUCCUAUGGGAAAUAACAGCGAGGAACCAAAGCCUACCAAAUCAGAUAAACCAUCUUCACCUCCGGUGGAUCAAACAAAUGUUCAUGUGUACCCUGAUUGGGCAGCUAUGCAGGCAUAUUAUGGUCCAAGAGUUGCAAUGCCUCCUUAUUACAAUUCAGCUUUGGCUGCAUCUGGUCAUCCUCCUCCUCCUUACAUGUGGAAUCCUCAGCAUAUGAUGUCACCAUAUGGAGCACCCUAUGCUGCGGUUUAUCCUCAUGGAGGAGGAGUUUACGCUCAUCCCGGAAUUCCCAUGGGAUCACAGCCUCAAGGUCAAAAGGCUCCACCUUUAACAACUCCGGGGACUCAUUUGAGCAUCGACACUCCUACUAAAUCUACAGGGAACACAGACAAUGGAUUGAUGAAGAAGCUGAAAGAGUUUGAUGGGCUUGCUAUGUCUCUAGGAAAUGGGAAUCCUGAAAAUGGUGCAGAUGAACAUAAACGAUCACGGAACAGCUCAGAAACUGAUGGUUCAACUGAUGGAAGUGAUGGGAAUACAACUGGGGCAGAUGAACCGAAACUUAAAAGAAGUCGAGAGGGAACUCCGACAAAAGAUGGGAAACAAUUGGUACAAUCUAGCUCAUUUCAUUCUGUUUCUCCGUCAAGUGGUGAUACCGGCGUAAAACUUAUUCAAGGAUCAGCUAUACUCUCUCCUGGUGUAAGUGCAAAUUCCAACUCCUUCAUGUCACAAUCUUUAGCCAUGGUUCCUCCUGAAACUUGGCCUCAGAACGAGAGAGAACUGAAACGGGAGCGAAGGAAACAGUCUAAUAGAGAAUCUGCUAGAAGGUCAAGAUUAAGAAAACAGGCCGAGACGGAAGAACUUGCUAGGAAAGUCGAAGCCUUGACAGCCGAAAACAUGGCACUAAGAUCUGAACUAAACCAACUUAAUGAGAAAUCGGAUAAACUAAGAGGAGCAAAUGCAACCUUGUUGGACAAACUGAAAUGUUCAGAACCUGAAAAGAGAGUCUCCGGGAAAAUGUUGUCUAGAGUUAAAAACUCAGGAGCUGGAGACAAGAACAAGAACCAAGGAGACAAUGAUUCUAACUCUACAAGCAAAUUGCAUCAACUGCUUGAUACGAAGCCCCGAGCUAAUGCUGUAGCUGCGGGCUAAUCGAUGAUAAUUCGGGUGUCGAUUUCUACUUAAUUUGUCGACAGAAACAAAGGAAACAAGUGCUAUACUAAUUUCAGAAAACUUCAUAGAUAGUAUAGUUGAGAUCAGAGAGAUGUGAUGAUUAUUGAUCUAUAAAUUUUCGGAGAGAGGGAGAAAGAGAAGCUUUUCCUCCAGAUGAAAAUUUGGUGUUGUGGUUUGUUACUGUUAAUAUAGAGAGGCUUUUCUUGUUUUAUAAAUGGCUUCCUUUGUU